UACAGAACAGUCCUUUCCUCUGGCGGCAGCCAUCAGCGGUGAGCCGAGAUGGGCGCCUACAAGUACAUCCAGGAGCUGUGGAGGAAGAAGCAGUCGGACGUGAUGCGCUUCCUGCUACGGGUCCGCUGCUGGCAGUACCAGCAGCUCUCGGCGCUGCACCGGGCUCCCCGCCCCACCCGGCCCGACAAGGCGCGGAGGCUGGGCUACAAGGCCAAGCAAGGUUAUGUCAUAUACAGGAUUCGUGUCCGCCGCGGUGGCCGCAAACGCCCGGUUCCUAAGGGUGCCACUUACGGCAAGCCUGUCCACCACGGGGUGAACCAGCUCAAGUUUGCCCGAAGCCUGCAGUCCGUUGCUGAGGAGAGAGCUGGACGUCAUUGUGGGGCUUUGAGAGUCCUGAAUUCUUACUGGGUUGGUGAAGAUUCCACGUAUAAGUUUUUUGAGGUUAUCCUCAUUGAUCCAUUCCAUAAAGCUAUCAGAAGGAACCCUGACACCCAAUGGAUCACCAAACCAGUCCACAAGCACAGAGAGAUGCGUGGGCUGACAUCUGCUGGCCGCAAGAGCCGUGGCUUCGGAAAGGGCCACAAGUUCCACCACACUAUUGGUGGCUCUCGCCGUGCAGCCUGGAGAAGGCGCAAUACUCUGCAGCUCCACCGUUACCGCUAAUAUAUGAUGUUUGUAAAAAUUCAUACCCAAUAAACAAUUUAGGACCG